AUGCAGCAUUGCUCACUGCUGCUGUUGCAGCCUGUCGCUGUGCUGAAAUUUGAGGCACAAGCUUCUGACUUGUGUGUUUGCCCCCGUGCCUCCAAACGAGGUGGUGCUGGUGGGCGAUGGGAGGAGGCCCUCCAGCUUCUUGAGGAUGCGUCUGAGACGCAGUUGUCGGACGUCCAAAUUUGGAAUGCUGCCAUCGCUGCAUGUGCAAGGGCUGGCCGUUGGGAAGAGGCAUUCUGGCUUCUGGAGGAGCAGAUGACUGUGGAGCCUGACUUGUACAGCUACAACUCCGCAAUCACGGCGUGCGGAGAUCGGCACUGGGAGAGAGCACUACAGGUCCUCUGCCGGAUGAGGGACCGCAAUUUGAACCCAGAUUCUGUCAGCUUCACUGCAGCCAUUUGCACCGCCCGGGAGGAGCAUGAUGUUGCGCUCGCCUUGCUGAACGAGAUGUUUAUCCGUAGUGUUCCUCGCACCUCCCGGACAUACGCGGCACUCAUUGCUACAGCGGGGCAGCACUGGGCGCAGGCCUUGGCUUUGUUGGAGUACUCCAAGCAGGAGGGCAUCGAGGAAACAACGCAGCUCUGUGGCUCUACAUUGCGGGCCUAUGCCGCUGGGCGCCAGUGGGCUUUGGCAAUGGGUCUGCUGGAGGAAAUGCAAGGACAACGGGUGACCAUCAAUAAUGAAGCUUGCCAUGCGGCCAUCAGCUCAUGCAUUGUUGCCUGGAACGAUGACCCAAAUGAUGAGCCAGGACAUUGGCGUGAGGCUUUGGCCAUGGCGUCUAAAUUGCACACCGCGGCCCUGCAGCCGGAUGCUGCCACUUGCGUGGCUCUGAUCUCUGCGUGUUCUUGCUGCAGCAGGUGGCAAGAAGCAAUGGCGAUCCACACGGAGGCGCAGCAGGAAGCCAUGUCGGAGGCACAAACCAUGUGUGCCAACGCAUUGAUCACUGCCUUCGGCCGUGGCACAGAGUGGAGGCGUGCACUGGAGGCCUUCGAAGCUCUGACUCUUCGCGAGAGGCCGACGGUUGUUACCUGCAACGCCUUAAUCUCCGCCUUUGCAGAGGGCUCUCAAUGGCCUCUUGCACUUCAGGUGCUGCAGAGCUUGCCUGACAGAGCUUUGUCUCCGACUGUCGUGACGAUGAAUGCAGCUCUUCAUGCCCUUGCUGGAGGCAGCCACUAUGCGGCUGCACAGACGUUGCUAGGACGAAUGCCUGCUUUCCAGCUGCAGCCAGACUGUUGGAGCUUCACGACUGUGAUGACUGCCUGCACGAAAGCAGCAUGUUGGCAGGCCACGUGUGAACUGCUGACUGAGAUGAUGAGGAAGCAAAUCGAUCCAGAUAUCUACAGCAUCAACAACAUGAUGACAGCCUUGGCCGCCUCUCCGAGAUGGGAAGAGGCAUUGGUCCUGCUCAAGAACAUGCCGGGGCUCGAGCUGGCUCCAGAUGUGCUGAGCUACAGCGCCGUUCUGGCAGCCCGCAUGCAGGCCGCGGUCGGCGAGGCCAACCUGGCGGUGCUGCAAGUGACUCCAGGUGCCCAGAGCUAA